AUUUUAGGAAUAUGUACACAAGAUGGCGACAGUGUGAUGGGAAUGCAACCGAAAAGUGAAACUUUGUGGUAUUUUAUGCAAUGUCUCGAUUGGCCGACUACUUUGUAUUAGUAGGAUACGACCACGAGAAAGAUAGAGGUGGGCAAAGCGUAGGAAAGAUUAUACAGAGAUUUCCUGAGAAAGAAUGGGAUGACUGUCCAUUUACACAGGGUAUAGAACUGUUUUGUCAGCCAUCAGGAUGGAAGCUGUCACCACAAAGAUGUCCCCCAGAGUUCUUUAUAGCUGUUCUGACAGACAUGGAUGCAGACCGCCAUUACUGUGCAUGUCUGUCAUUUUCAGAGUCUGUCUCCAUUACACUACCACGACCAGAUGAUGACGGAGACCCAGAUGAAACAGAAAAUGCAAUAACUCCUCAAUCAUUAAUGUUCUCACCAAAAUGUCUGGUUCUAGUAUCAAGAUUGGAUUACUUUGAAACAUUUAGGAACUGCCUAGGAAUCAUUUACACGGCAUAUGUAGACAGACUUGAUGCUCAGUUGGAGGUUUUGGUGGGGAACAUUAUAGGCAGUGUUUAUGUCCCUCCCCCAGGUGGACCACAGAUAAGAUUUUCAAUAGGUGCUGGAGACAGACAAGCUUUACAACCUAAACUCAACAGUGGUUUACCUUCAUCUAGAAAUUGUGUAGCCUUGUUAUUUCAACAAUUAGGGAUCCAGAACACACUGGUGUUAUUUUGUGCUGCUUUGACUGACCACAAGAUUUUAUUUCAUUCCCAGAGUUUUUCUCGAUUAACAGAUUCUUGUCAAGCAAUAGUAGUACUUCAUUAUCCACUCAGAUUUAGUUAUGUAUAUAUACCAAUACUACCAGCUCAUCUCGUGGAAGUAUUAAGUUCACCAACACCAUUCAUGGCAGGCAUUCAUUCAUCAUUAGCUGAUGAAACUGAUGAAUUUUUGGAUGUGAUCAUUGUCGAUUUAGAUGGGGGAAGUAUAAAGAUUCCAGAAUGUGUAAAUAUUCCCAUGAUUCCUGAACCAAUACUCAGUCGGACCAAGAAAUCACUUCAUUUGGUUUCUGCGAAUGAUAAUUGUAUACCAGAAACUGAGAUUUUAAACAUGGAUUUAUUUAAUUCUGACAAGGCGUUUCCUCCAUCCCCUCCCAAGAAACAGAUUAGUAGUGACAUGAAGGACAAGGAAAUUCGUGCAGUAUUUAUUCGUCUAUUUGCCGAAUUAUUGACAGGGUACAGAACAUGUCUUACUGUGAUAAGGAUACAUCCAGAACCAUUCAUCACUUUUCAUAAGGCCAAUUUCCUGUGUCACAGAGGUUUUAUAGAAGAUGAUUUUCUAGUUAGAGUUUUAGAUUGUAUGGCUUUCGGUGGAUUUGUGCAAGAAAGAGGUCCCCCAUAUCGUGUCUGUGAUAUUUUUGAUGAGAUCUAUGCAAAUAUACAAGAUUUGUUAACAGAAGAAAGAUCUGAUCCAAACAAAAUGUUAGAAAACAUUAAAGAUUUAGCUAAACAGCUGUAUAAUAAUGAAUAUCCGAAUCCUCAACCAUACGUCCAGAAAGUGCCAAAACCAACAGAGGAAGCAUACAAGAGAAUACAUCAGCCACAGUUUCCUUACCUUGACUGGUUACAUGUUCAAGAAGUUAUUGAUGAGGGCAUUGCGAAAAACAAUCUUAAAUCUAAAUUUAGCAAUAUGAGGCCACAUCAGUUACGGAUAGUGCCUAUAGGUCCACCAUCAGCCACGCUGACAGAGAGACAGAGGAUGGUAGAUAACAAUGCUAGAAGGCUAGAAGUCCUCAGGAAUUGUGUUAAUUUUAUUUUUGAAAAUAAGAUCUCAGAUGGCAGAAUUAUAUUUCCAGCAGUGUUGAGGGCACUGAAGAGUAGAGUUGCUAGAAUUGCGUUAACACAGGAACUUAGCUACCAUAUACGUAGCAAUAGGGCUAUGUUAGAACAUCAACAAUUUGAUCUGGUUGUCAAGUUACUUAACUGUGCUUUACAGAAUGAUUCUAGUAUGGAUGAGAAUGGUGUGGCAGCAGCUAUAUUACCUCUGGCCACUUCCUUCUGUAGGAAAUUAUGCACUGGAGUUAUACAGUUUGCCUAUACCUGUGUACAGGAACAUGCUGUGUGGGCCACUCUACAGUUUUGGGAGGCUGCAUUCUACCAGGAUGUACAAAAACAAAUCAGACAGCUGUAUGCUCCUCAUUACGAAGAAGCAAAAGAUGGGGCAUAUAGUCCUACAUCUAAUCCAAAUGAGUUAGGGAUAGUGUGGAAUAAAACACAAACUACAACUCCAGAUACAAAAAGAAGAUCAGGGAUUAGACCCAGAGAGAUUGGUGCAUUAGAAAUUGCAGCUGAACAGUUACGAAUAUGGCCAAGUCUGACAAAGGAAAAGAAGGAAGAAAUGAUAAACAAUGAAGAAUCAACAGUUUACAGUCAAGCCAUACAUUAUGCCAAUCGUAUGGUAUACAUGAGGGUUCCUCUGGACACCAAGACAAAUCUUAAAACUUACACUGACUGGGAGAGUAAUAGCAACAGUAACAUAACAGCAAGCAUUGCAGAGAGUGAUAGUGUGGAUGCAGAGAGUGGAUUUGAUGAAACAGAAAUAUCUGAUGUAGGGGCAGGUGUGAUCAAGUUUGUUACCAGAUUUGUAGAAAAAGUAUGUAAUGACAGUAAAGUGACACAGGAUCACAUCAAAGCUCUACAUACCAUGGUGCCUGGUGUGGUAGCCAUGCAUGUUGAAACAUUAGAGGCAGUACACAGAGAGAGUAAGAGAUUGCCCCCUAUACAAAAGCCAAAGAUUUUGAAGCCUACACUAUUACAAGGAGAAGAAGUAGUGAUGGAUGGUUUGAGAGUAUACCUGCUGCCUGAUGGCAGGGAGGAAGGAACUGGAGGGAACCUGGGUGGUCCUGCUCUACUACCUGCAGAGGGGGCAGUGUUCCUGACAAAUUAUAGAAUCAUAUUUAAAGGAAUACCAUGUGAUCCUGUUGCUUGUGAACAAGUGGUUGUGAGAUAUUUUCCAGUAUCUACCAUGACAAAGGAAAAACAAAUCAAACUAGGUUAUACUCCACAUAUAGAUCAACUUCCUAAGGAUGGAAUUCAAAUCAGAGCUAAUAUAUUCCAGUUGAUGAGGUUGGCAUUUGAUGAAGAAGUAAUACCAGAAGAUGUUGACACCUUUAGAAAGUUGGCUAACAAAUAUAGAAACCCUGCAUCAGUGUUCCAAGCAUUUGCUUUCACUGGACAAGUGAUCAUGCAGCCAACAAUGGUUAAACAUAAGGAGAAAAAUGCUUCAUUGAAGAACUUUGCAAAGAAAACAUUGAUGAAGACUGCUAGAAAAGCUGGAAUAAAACCAAAACAGUCUGCCAGAAAACAGAAAUAUGUACUUCAGCCACCACCAUCUAUGCAAAGACGAAGUAUGUCACCAAGGUCAUCUUCUGCAGGGUCAGACAGCGACUCAGAACGACCCAAUAGUGAAAUGUUUGAUGACUUGUCUAUUGUAGAUGAGUCUGAAUAUGCUUCCUCAUGGACCACUGAUCCAAAGACCAUAGAAAAGUUACUACAGAGACCAGGUUACCAUGACUACGAGAGACUUGGUCUAAACAGUCUGUCUUCCUCACAUCAUGGACAGGAGCCCAAGUCUGAGCAGUUUAGAAUAUCUACUGUUAAUGCUAACUUUGCAGUUUGUAGAAGUUACCCAGCUUUAAUAGUGGUACCUCUGAGUGUUACAGAUGACAGUAUCAAGAAACUAGCUCGUACCCACAGACAAUAUAGAUUCCCUGUAAUUACGUGGCGGCAUCCUAGGACGAAAGCUUUACUGAUCAGAGCCAGUGGUUUUCACAGUAGAGGAUUAAUGGGAAUGUUAAAACAUGACACAACGUCAGGAACAGCGGGCAGUGAAACAUCUUCUAGUAUUGAACAGGAGAGGUAUUUCUCCAAUCUUGUGUCAGCUACACCAAACAGUGAGAGAUAUCGUGGAUCGUGUAGCGACUCUCUGACUAGUCUAGACUCACUAAUGAUGGCAGGGAUUAAUGUCCCAGAGACCCCUGAUAUGAACAGAAGAGCUUUAAAGACUGGGAGUUUACAAAGGGUUACUAAACCUAAAUCACAAUCAUAUGAUUAUGACUAUGAAUAUAGCACAAGUCGCGAUUCCCUUGACUCUAUUGAUGAAGUCCAACUGAGAUCAUCCCCUCGAGGAAGUACGAUGCUUACACGGGCUGCCAAUGCGUUUCGUGCUAGUGGGUCAUGGAGAAGUUCAAUUUUAACAUUGCCUAGGAGAACCAGAUCUAGAGGCUCAUGGCAAACUUUCGGAAGAAUUGGUAGUAUCAAGGAAAAAACCCGAACAACAGUAGACCCAUCACGUUUAUCUGUGUCGUCUGGUAUGUCGAUUAAUCAAGGUGACAUCAUCAACUCCUCAGUUCAAGGUUUUAAGAGAGUGUCUCUGUAUGUACUGGGAGAGAAAGCUCAGAUGAAGGGAAUAAAGAUGGAGUCUUUUCCCAAAUGUGAUUUCAUACCUGUAGACUUCUAUGAAGUUAGACAUGUGAAGGCGAGCUUCAAGAAGUUAAGUAGGGCAUGUGUACCCAGUAAUACUCCCUCAGCUGAUGCCACAUUCUACAAAACUGUAGAGGAAUCUGAAUGGUUGUUACAGGUACAGAAUAUAAUGCAGUUAGCUGGUGCCACUGUUGAUCUUUUAGAUGUACAGGGAUCUUCUGUAAUGAUUUGUCUGGAAGAUGGUUGGGAUAUCACUACUCAGGUGGUUUCUGCAGCACAAAUACUCUUGGAUCCUUUCUACAGAACAAUAGAAGGCUUCAAGUGUCUCGUUGAAAAGGAAUGGUUGUCAUUUGGUCACAGAUUUACUCACCGUAGUAACCAGACUGCAGCCAAUCAAGCCAGUGGAUUUGCACCUCUAUUUCUACAGUUCCUUGAUGUAGUCCAUCAGAUACACAAUCAGUUUCCAUUGUCAUUUGAGUUUAACCAAUUCUUUCUGAAGUUCCUGGCCUAUCAUUAUGUGUCAAACAGAUUCAGAACAUUCAUGAUGGACAAUGAAUAUGAGAGAUUUGAAUGUGGUUGGAUCCUGGAUGAAAAGAAAGCGUCUAAGUUUGAUGACCCUGAUGAAGAUGGAUUUGUAUACAAACAUCAGCACCAGUCCAACCCAGGGAUGUCUGUAUGGGAUUACAUAGAGAAACAUCACAGAAGAUCUACAGUGUUCUGUAACUUUAUGUAUAGUCUUCAUGAUCAAGAAAUGGUUUUGAGACCAUAUUCAAAUUUGGCAAACAUGAAAAUCUGGGACUACUACAUUGAUGAAGAUUUGGCCCAUGGUCCACCCUAUGAGAUAGAGACUGUCCAGAAAGAACUGGCCUUAAAUGAAGACGUGACUAUAGAAGGGAAUGCAAGUUCUAGUCGGGUUGUCAAUAUAUGUUUCGACAAUGUACAAAUUCAGGAACCUGAAUCAUUUAAAGUUUUGUUACAGGAAGUACAUAGAGUGCAAACAGAUUUAGGGCACCUGCAACAGAAAUGGCGGAUAAUCUGGGACAAAUUAGAAGGACCAUCACGUGACUCUAAGAGACAAGAUGUCUCAUUAUCUGUUCUCAGAUCACAUGGCAGAUCAAUUCAUAAACGUUCGACAUUAGAAAUUCUAGUGAAAGGAAAAAUGCUCGGUGAAGCAGCAAAAAGGUUCGGUCAGCCACAUCGUUUUGAGAAAUUUACAUACACUACACCUGCUUUUUGUGAUUAUUGUUCUCAGGUGUUAUGGGGAUUCCUUAAAACGGGUAUGCAUUGUGGUGAUUGUGGAUAUAAUUGCCAUGAAAAAUGUAUGUCUCAUGUCCCAAAGAACUGUACAAAGUUAAAAAUAGUAGCUGAAUCUAGUAAUAGUAGUUCUAAUGUAUCUCGAGCUGGAGGCUCAGAAAGCAGCUCUGGGUCAGGAGGCAUGUCUAUAGCAACUUUAACAGGAGCACACCCAAGUUACGAGAACUUUACACCAACCAAUAGCAAUACUGAACACAGAACAUUAGAGGGGUAUCUGUACAAAAAGGGAGCACUACUAAAAGGCUGGAAGCAGAGGUGGUUUGUACUGGAUUCAACUAAACACCAGAUGAGAUAUUAUGAUUACAAAGAUGACCCUACUUGUAAAGGCUAUAUUGACUUAUUUGAUGUACAGGCAGUCCAUCCUAUAAAAAAUGUUCAGGGACCACUGAAGAAAUCAGAUGAAAAUGCAGCUUUUGAGUUGAAAACCAGUAAAAGGAUGUACCAUUUCUAUGCUAGUGAUGCAAAAACAGCACAGGACUGGAUAGACAAAAUACAUAGUUUUAUAUGAAAAUAAAUCAUCUAGGUGUCUCAUAUCUUUUUAAUUAUGGUACAAUUUUUACAGUGAAAACAGAAAAUCAUAUUUUACUGUAAUGUUAUGUAUGUUAGUGGGUGACUUCUUACUUUUUAUGGAAGACUUGUCAGUAAAGGAGAGCUUGAGCUUCUUUUUUACAACUCAACAUUUUCACAUGACAGAUUUGAUAUCAUUAGAAAAUUUCAACUGAUUGCUCAUUAGACAAAGAUUAUCAUGUGAUCAAGAUGCUCUAUUAUGUGAUACAGAACCAGAGCUUGUGCUUUUCAUGUCCUGUUUAAUAUUCAUACACCAUUAACCAGACUUAGUGCUCGUCCAAGACUUGUACAUGUGGGAAAGUAGACAAGCCUUGUUUUUAGUUCCAGCCAAAGUUCAUUGAGAUUUUAUUUCCUAUAUUGAGCCAGAUGUCUUGAUAUAGAAAUAUGGAAUUGUGUUAUUUAUAUAUCAUACAUUUUACUUGCUAUCAUUUGCAAGGACAUGUUGCAUCAUAUCUAUUUAUAUAUUAUUGUAUGUGCCAGAAUAGGAUACACUGGUCUGCUUUGGAAUAUGAAAAUGUUUUUAUACAUUUUAAUGAGGUUUAAUCUCAUGGCAAUGUUUUAACAUUAAAACAAAGAAUGAAAAAUUAUGCAAACGUUUUUUUAAGUUAAUCAAAUGCAUGACAGCUUUGUAUUUGUUGUUGUUUUUUAGUCUGUUUCAUUUGGGUUGAUCUAAAUGUUUCCUUUUAUCAAAGCUAUUUUAAUUAAAGCUGUUACUUAUGCAAUGGUAUAAUAGGGUCAGAGGUCACUUCAGGUUAUCUAUAGAAGUGGUCUUUUUAGAAAUCAGUGGGAUAAAGUAUAGGACAAAAUGAAAUAUUAAGAACCAAUUAAUUGUAAGGCAAAACAUGAAGUGAUUUCCAGCCCUCCUUUUCCCCUAUAUAUUUACUCCAAGAAAACAGCUUAGAGGUUUAUGUAUUAAAUGAAUGGUAGUUUGGGAAUACAAUGUUAUGCGUGUGACAUCUUGAAAUGAGUCAGUUCCUUGAGAAUUGAAAGAUAAAAUGUUAAAUCGAAUAAGAUGGCAAAGGAUAAAUCUUUUGUAUUUUAUUUAUUUAUGUACUGUAAAAAAAAAAAUGAAAUUAAACGUAUAGACUAUAUAUGAAAAAAAUAGACAAAAGUAAAUGUAUGUUAGAGUUAUUACAGAAUAAAGAGAAAAAGCAAAGAAAAAAGACAUAAAAAAAAUUAAAAAAUCAUAAAAAGCUGUAAAAUAAUGAAAAAAUGGAUAUAUUUCUAACAGAUUGAAUUCAUUUAAUUUAUCCUCUGCCAUCUCAACAUUCCCCUACAUGAAACAAACCCCUCUCUUUCAGUAUUGGUGUUAAUUUUAUAACCCUAUCCAUACAUUUAGACUUUUGUCUAACAUGAAGAUUACUAAUCUAAUUGUUAUAUUUUUAUUUACCUUGAAUACUGCAGUAAUUUGAUCUCUAACAUUGUAUGUUGUUUACAUUGCUUGCCAAUUUAUUUUAUACUGAACACCAUGUGUCAUAUUAUUAUGAUUUAUGCUGUAACUUAGUUCUCAUCAGUUUUAUAUGAAGCUUUGAUUAAAGAAACAGAAGAGAGAUUUUCCCUUGGGUCUUCAUUAGGAAACACAUUUUUUGCUUUAAGAAAAUAUGCAAUAAUGACAUAUUGGAACAAAAAAAAAAGACAAGCAUUUAUAGUAAUCAGAAAAAUGGAUCUAAUCAUAGAAUAUUCUUUAAUAGUUUACUAUGACAGGUACACACUAGUUCAUUUUUGACGGUGGUGGUUUAUGUUAUAAAAAUGGAAGCGUAUUCCAGGAGCUUUAGAAAUAAGAAUAAGCAUUCAUUUGUUGUAUAAGUCAUACACUAUGGGAAAUUAAUGAAAAGGAAUUUAUAUUUCUCUAGAUAGAUAGAUUUACAUAAUUGUUUUAUGCUUGGUGAAAUAUAUUUGUCAAAAUGCACCAUAUAGGGAAUUUUAACACUGUGCCAAUUUUAGUAUAGCAAAUAUUUUUCUGGUUGCAUUUUUUUCAAACAAAUAUAUGUUGAUAAUAAUAAAAUUUCUUGUAUGCAUUUUCACAGGGUCAUCACUGUCAUCAGAAAUCUCUGAUUCUAGUUCAUAUAUUUAUUUCUGUUUUUGUGAAAUUUCGCUCCUUUACUUUUUUUCGCUUUUGUGUAGGCUUGAGUUGAGAACUACAAUUUUGUGGCUUAUAAUUCUACCUCUUUCGAUGUAACAAAAUCAGAAACUAAAUGUUACAAAAAUCAGAGGUUUCUAGCCAUUCUUCUCUAAGAUAAUCUUACUGUAAACUUGUGUAGUAAUAAAAAUAUUCACUUUAUAUAUUCAUUUUGCUGGACAUGUAGCUGAACUAAGUUGAAAACAUUUAGUCACAAAUUUCAUUCCUUAACUGUUUUAGUAAGAUUUUUUGCAUUGCUUUGAAUGUGGAUAAUAUUGAAAAAAGUACUCAUUUAUGAAAUUUGUUUUUGAUUUCAAAACCGGUUGAUGUGAUGCUAUGCCAUGCAAAUUUUUAUAUGUUGUUUUUUUCAAUCACAUUUUAAUUGGUUAUUAAGUAAAAGUCUAUCCCCCCUAAUAUUUAAGUGUUUUAGAAAAAAUCAAACUCUUUAGCGAUAACUUACUUUUUGAUGUCUUUUUCACUACAACUUAUGGAUGAAUUGUAACUAUAUGAAUUACCUACAGUGCUUCUUUUGGCAGGUAACAUUUUAUUUAUUUAAUCACCAUUAGCAGACAGACAGAAAUGUUAUGUGAAUAAUUCAGCUUUCCUUUGAAGAGAUGGAUAUUUUUAUUUACAUUUACUUUAUUUCAACCUUUACAAUACCUUAGUGUGAGCUAUUACCAUUAGUUUGGGGUCCAUUGUUUGUUAUUGUUGGUUGUUAUGCAUGUAUCUUGGUCUGUAUCCUGGAUCAAUUGAAAUCAAAUUCUGAUCUUAAUUUCCUGUUGUUAUCUUCUCUAACAGUCACUUAUAGUUCAAUCAUACCAACCAACCAACCAAAGAACCAACAGGGUAAGGGUUACUAUAAAUGAACAGAGAUUUAAUUCUUGGCUGUUAUACAGCCAAGGAGAACCUUGUGUAGUUGAUUUGAGUUCUUUUAUAGUCCCUGCUCAUAAUUAUGUUUGCUAACCUGCCCUGGAACCAGUAUGGCCACUGUCAGCAUGGUUUAACCAUCAAUAUCUUCAUGAAUUUUGUAAAAACACCAUUUCUCUAAUUUAUAUGCUUACAUCUCUGUGCAAUAAGAAAUUAUAGUUGUAGCAAUAGGAUAUUUGAAUAUCAGUCAUCAUACAUACUUUCAGUGAAUAUAUUUUCCUACAACUUGCAAUAGAUUAUAGAGUGUACACUCAGGUAAUUAGUUUAAACACAAAAAUAAUGAGAAAUUUGUUUCAGGCUUCUUUUUGUGAAGUGCAGAAUCAUCAUUACUAAAGGUAGUAAGGGAAAUGUGCUGACAUCAGAAAAACACGUCUCAAAUUUUACAUUUCAGUGUACAUUUAGUUCAAAUGUCAAGAUCUGAAAAAAUAAGUAUCCAUGACAUCCCAGUUCAGUCACCUUUCAUAUUAUACAUAACCAUUUAUGUAAGAACUCAAAUUUUACAUUCAUACAACUUGCAUCCUAUAUAUAAUCUUCAUUCUUACACAACCAACUAUAUAAAAUUUAAACAGAAAAUAAAUAAUAAUUUAUGAUGAACCUACCUCAUUUAAUAUAAUAGAAAACUAGAAAAUUGUCUUUUUUUUGCCACAAAUGUUUUUAACCAAUUUGAACUUUUACAAUAUGGGGUAAUGACAAUAAUCUGUUGUUCACUCGGGAACAAUGUAUAUACGGGGACAUGGUUAAUAAUUAAACCAAAAAAAGGUAAGUAGUCAAAUUGUAUCCCUAUAAUAACAGUUCCCUUUAUCUUUCCAUUAGAUUUUUUGAUAGGGAAUUGAAGAUACAUUUAGGUGGAUUUUAAGACAAGGUAUAAUACAUAGGUUAAUGAUAAAAAUUUGUAAUGCCAUGUUGUCUUUGUCUCCUGUAAGAACAAAUAAAACUCUCUGUAUCUCCAUAUACAUUUAUGUUCAUUAUUAUUUAUUUGUUAAAUCCAUGGUUAUUGUGUUGUUGCUUUGUAAAGUUUUCAGUUUGUUUUGAUAAUAUUUCCCAGUUUUUAUAAAAAAAUCAGUAGGAACAUUUACUUGUAAUAUUGUUUAGAAUAAAUUGAUGCCUUAAUUCCAAAUUAUUUGUUGCUGUGUAUUCAUGUAAAAAAAUAUGAAAAUAAAUAAUAAAUCAACAAAAUUAAAUUUAGAAAAGAAACAAAAAAUAUACCAGGUAUUAAUUUAUUUGUUACUCUACAGUCUUACACAUUGCCUUGAAUUCACUUCUCAUAUUCAUGUUAAUGCAAGUCGAUCUGAACUUGAUAUGUUUAUAUAGUUACACUAUGUUGUUUAUGUGUAUGACUGUCUUAAGAAGAUUAGACAAGUAAAUUGAGCCUUAUGCAUAAGAAUAAUCAUGGAACUGAGCAGUACUAAUAAAACAAACUGAAUACUUGGCAAAAGUUUUGUUAUUGUAUGCAAUUUGCAGUGUGAUGUCUGAUUGGUCAAUUUUUAUGUAGUCUCAACCAAUGAGUGACAAAUAUGUUGUUUAUUGGUUUUUAGAAAAAGCAUAAUAAAGGAAUUACAAAAAUGUG